AAAUAGUGAAAGUUCCUCCUGCUAUAAAUAGAUGGUCAAGAGUCCACCCUUACGCAGACAUCCACACUCACAUUCCCAGACCCUCAUAUACCCUACAAGAAAUCUGUGACAUUUCCACUAUCAGCCAAGCCACUCCCAGCCUCACACAGCCUGCAGCACAGCUCACAGGCACUCACACACACACAUUCUCACGGUCAGUCAGCCUGAGUUCAUCCUCCAUGGCAUCCCGUGCAGCCGCACUACUGGCCAUCAGCCUGCUGAUCCUGUGGACCUCCCAUGCUCAGAGUGGUGCCAACGAUGCAGAAGACUGCUGCCUGUCUGUGAGCAAACGCCCUAUCCCUGCGCACAGGGUGCGAUCCUUUCGAUACGCCCUCCUCCAGCAUGGCUGCCCGGUGCCGGCCAUCGUGUUCACCACACUGAGAGGUUACCAUCUCUGCGCACCGCCAGAGCCGCUCUGGGUGCAGCGCCUCAUCUGGAAACUGGAGAGGAACGCUGCCAAGAGCAUGCUAAGUUAGCCCAUGGCCGCCCCCAAGAGAGCCCUGUGUCCGAGUGAAGGAUGUGAAUCGCUGCCGCCCUGGAGAGCUGAGACCUAGGAGAGAGAACCAGACCGUCAGCUCCUGUACAACAAGACCUGAGCAGGGCCUAGAGUGUCAAUGUGAGUGUGAGUGUGUGUGUGAAUGUGAGCAAGAGGGUGAGUGAGAGUGUACACGUAGCAAGAGCACAGCUUCUCCAUGCCCAGACUGCAAUAUUUCCAAUAAAGCCCACUGGCACCCA